AUGUCAUCAGACUCUGAGAUGGCUGUCUUUGGGGAGGCAGCUCCUUACCUCCGGAAAUCAGAAAAGGAGAGAAUCGAGGCUCAGAACAAGCCUUUUGAUGCCAAGACAUCCGUCUUUGUGGUGCAUCCUAAGGAAUCCUUUGUGAAAGGGACAAUCCAAAGCAAGGAAUCAGGGAAGGUCACUGUCAAGACUGAAGGUGGAGAGACUCUGACAGUGAAGGAAGAUCAAAUCUUUGCCAUGAAUCCUCCUAAGUAUGAUAAAAUCGAGGACAUGGCCAUGAUGACCCACCUCCACGAACCCGCUGUGCUGUACAACCUCAAAGAGCGUUAUGCAGCCUGGAUGAUCUACACCUACUCGGGUCUCUUCUGCGUCACUGUCAACCCCUACAAGUGGCUGCCAGUGUACAACCCCGAGGUGGUGUUGGCCUACCGAGGCAAGAAGCGCCAGGAGGCCCCUCCACACAUCUUCUCCAUCUCUGACAAUGCCUAUCAGUUCAUGCUGACUGAUCGUGAGAACCAGUCAAUCCUCAUCACUGGAGAAUCUGGUGCAGGGAAGACUGUGAACACAAAGCGUGUCAUCCAGUACUUUGCAACAAUUGCAGCAAGUGGGGAUAAGAAGAAAGAGGAGCAGUCUGGCAAAAUGCAGGGAACGCUUGAGGACCAAAUCAUCAGCGCCAACCCGCUGCUGGAGGCCUUUGGAAACGCCAAGACAGUGAGGAACGACAACUCCUCACGCUUUGGUAAAUUCAUCAGAAUUCACUUUGGUGCCACAGGAAAACUAGCUUCUGCUGAUAUUGAAACAUAUCUGCUGGAGAAGUCCAGAGUCACUUUCCAGCUCAAGGCAGAAAGAAGCUACCACAUAUUUUAUCAGAUCAUGUCCAACAAGAAACCAGAGCUCAUAGACAUGCUUCUCAUUACCACCAACCCAUAUGACUACUCAUUUGUGAGUCAAGGUGAGAUCACUGUUGCCAGCAUUAAUGACCAGGAGGAGCUGAUGGCUACAGAUAGUGCUAUUGACAUCUUGGGGUUCACUGCUGAUGAAAAAACAGCCAUUUACAAGCUGACAGGAGCUGUCAUGCACUAUGGCAACCUAAAGUUUAAGCAGAAACAACGAGAGGAGCAGGCAGAGCCAGAUGGCACAGAAGUCGCUGACAAAGCUGCCUACUUGAUGGGUCUCAACUCAGCAGACCUGCUCAAGGCCCUCUGCUACCCCCGAGUAAAGGUUGGGAAUGAAUAUGUGACCAAAGGUCAAACUGUGCAACAGGUGAACAAUUCAGUAGGUGCCCUCGCAAAGGCUGUCUAUGAAAAGAUGUUCCUGUGGAUGGUUGUUCGUAUCAACCAACAGCUGGAUACCAAGCAGCCCAGACAGUACUUCAUUGGUGUCCUGGACAUUGCUGGCUUUGAGAUCUUUGAUUUCAAUAGCCUGGAACAGCUGUGCAUCAACUUCACCAAUGAGAAACUGCAACAGUUCUUCAACCACCACAUGUUCGUGCUGGAGCAGGAGGAGUACAAGAAGGAAGGAAUUGAAUGGACAUUCAUUGACUUUGGGAUGGACCUGGCUGCCUGCAUUGAGCUCAUUGAGAAACCCAUGGGCAUCUUCUCCAUCCUGGAAGAGGAGUGCAUGUUCCCCAAGGCAACUGACACCUCUUUCAAGAACAAGCUCUAUGAUCAGCAUCUGGGCAAGUCCAGCAACUUCCAGAAGCCCAAGCCUGCCAAAGGCAAGGCUGAGGCCCACUUCUCCCUGGUGCACUACGCUGGUACAGUGGAUUACAAUAUCACUGGAUGGCUUGAGAAGAACAAAGACCCCCUGAAUGAAACUGUCAUUGGGUUGUACCAGAAAUCAUCUGUGAAGACAUUGGCUUUACUUUUUGCCUCCUAUGGUGGAGCUGAAACAGAGUCUAGUAGUGGUGGUGCUGGUGGUGGAAAGAAGGGUGGGAAGAAGAAGGGUUCGUCUUUCCAGACUGUCUCAGCUCUUUUCCGGGAGAACCUAAACAA